AUGACAAUUAGUAAUAUACCACAAUGUUUACAAUCAUUUGUAACUACUAAAUUCUUUCAUACCACAUGGGCUGGUACCUUCAUUUGUAAACCUCAAGCAAUCUUUCAACCUACAAAUGAAGAACAGAUAAAAGAAUUGAUCAAUCAAGCAAGAAUUUGUAAAAAGACCAUAAUGACUGUUGGCUCAGGUCAUUCUCCUAGUGAUUUAACAAUGACAAAUGAGUGGUUAUGUAAUUUGGAUAAAUUUAAUAAAGUUGUUCACGAACAAGAGUUUUAUGGUCCAACAUUCGAUGAAAAAUCUAAAGAAAUUAAAUUUGUUGAUUUAACAGUCGAAGCUGGUAUUAGAAUUUUUGAAUUAAAUGAAUAUCUAAAGAAAAAUAAACUAGCUAUUCAAAAUUUAGGUUCGAUAAGUGAUCAAUCAAUUGCAGGAUUAAUUUCAACUGGUACCCAUGGUUCAACUCAAUAUCAUGGUUUAAUUGCGCAACAAAUUGUUGAAAUUAAAUUUUUAAACUCCCAAGGUAAACUGAUUAAAUGUUCUUCAAUUGAAAAUCAAGAAUAUUUUAAAGCUAUAUUGUUAUCCUUGGGUAAGAUUGGUAUUAUCACUCACGUAACAUUAAGAUGUUGUCCAAGAUAUACAAUUAAAUCGAAACAAGAAAUUAUAAAUUUUGAAACAUUAAUUAAACAAUGGGAUAACGUUUGGUUAGAAAGUGAAUUUAUAAGAAUUUGGUGGUUUCCUUAUACUAACAAAUGUGUAUUAUGGAGAGCUAAUAAAUCAGAUGAAGAACUUACAAAACCAAGAUAUUCAUGGUACGGCACAUGGACUGGUAGACUAUUUUAUGAAUCUUUAUUAUGGAUCAGUGUUCACUUGGCUCCAAAAUUAACUCCAUAUAUUGAGAAAUUUGUUUUUGUUCAACAAUACGGUAAUGUCGAAACUUUGGGAACAGGUGAUAUUGCUAUACAAAAUUCGGUUGAGGCGUUAAAUAUGGAUUGCUUAUUCAGUCAAUUUGUUAAUGAAUGGUCUGCUCCAUUAGUUCAUGGUCCAGAUAUUUUGAAUAAAUUGAAAGAUAUUAUCAUUGAAGGUCAAAAGACAAGUAAAUUCUAUGUCCAUGCACCAAUUGAAGUCAGGUGUUCUAAUGUAACUCAAUCAAAUAAACCAUUUCAAAAUGAAGAAGGUAAAGAUUCGUUAUACCCAUCUCAACAAUGGUUGAGAAAUAAAAAUAGAUUAAGUCCUGGUCCGAUACCCGGGAAUAACUUGAGAGCUUAUUUAGAUAAUUCUCCUAAUUUACCAUACAGUGAAAGUAAUAAACCUACAAAUGACCAGUUAGGCUUAUUUAUCAAUGCAACAAUGUAUAGACCAUUCCACACUAAUGUUGAAACUCAUGAAUGGUUUACUAAAUUUGAAAAUGUCAUGAGAAAUGCAAAUGGAAAACCUCAUUGGGCAAAGAAUUUCAUUGGUUUAGAAACUGAUAAACAAGACCUACAAGAUUUGAAAAGCCAAAUCGAUUUUGGAGGUAAACCAUUCUAUUCUAUGAUUGGUUACAAAUCUACCAUUAGAGAUUGGUUUGGAGAUAAUUUAAUCAAAUUCAAUCAAAUUAGAAAAAAGACUGAUCCUGAUGGAGUCUUCCUUUCUGGAAGAUUAUGGGCUGAACGAAAUGGAAUUUUAAUAGACUAA